AUGGCACCACCUCAGAAACCGGAAACGUUUAUGCUGAGCAGCGAGGCCCAGCAAAGCCUACCGCAAGAUGCUCAAGUAGCUCUGCAACAGGUCGAUAAUCUAAAAUACUUUUUAAUAUCAGCUCCCGUUGACUGGACCCCUGAUCAGUAUAUCCGUCGAUUCCUUCUUCCCACCGGCGAAUAUGUUUCUUGCGUUUUAUGGAACAACCUCUUUCACAUCUCCGGCACCGACAUUGUGCGAUGCCUCUCCUUCCGAUUCCAGGCGUUUGGGCGACCAGUGAAGAACUCGAAGAAGUUUGAGGAAGGUAUCUUUUCGGAUCUGCGAAACCUGAAGUCUGGGACCGAUGCUUCAUUGGAGGAGCCGAAGAGUGCCUUUUUGGAUUUCCUGUACAAGAACAACUGCAUUCGAACACAAAAGAAGCAGAAGGUCUUCUACUGGUAUAGCGUUCCCCAUGACCGGCUGUUCCUCGAUGCUCUCGAGAGAGACCUCAAGCGAGAGAAGAUGGGUCAGGAGGCCACGACUGUCGCCGUCAACGAACCCGCCUUGUCAUUCGAAUUUGACUCGUCGCAGUCACUGUUCGAGCAACUCACCAAGGCCCAACAAGCCAACUCGUCUUCUUUCUCCGCGCAACAACCGUCAUUUUCCCAAUCCCAAUCUCAAUCCACCUCGCCUGUCAUGAGAGCAAUCGAUUCGAUGCCCCCACCACAGAUGAUCCCCCAGACGAUGGGAGCAAUGCCAGAAGAAAUGAACAAUAUCGCUGCCUACGGACAAAUGGCGAUGCCUCAAAACAUGGCGCAGCAAGUAGUGAAGAGAGAAGCUGAUUUUGGUCGGGUUCAGUACAAUCAAAAUGGCGUUCCAAUUUCGCAAACACACCAACGGCACUCUUCCAUGCCUGCUUACGGUCUUGAGUACUCACCCGCCCCAUCGUUUGUCUCGUCGCACUAUGAAGACUACAGCAAUCGCGGUAUCUCGUUCGAGCCUAUUACGCCGCCACAACAGGCUCUUGGCAUUGGUGCCGAACCUGCAUACAUUGCCAAUGAAGAAACUGGCCUUUAUUCCGCAAUUCCCGACCACAUGGCUGGCGUUAACGGCCUCAAUGGGAUGAUGCAGCUCCCGCCUUCCAACUUGUCUGGCCCCCAGUUUUCUCACGCCACUCGAGGAUAUGGCGCCAAUAACGUCUACUCGGUAAUUGAAGGGUCGCCAACCUACAAGCAAAGACGGAGGCGGUCGUCGAUUCCUCCUGGAGUUGCUGCAAUCGUUGCUGCUGCUGCCGCUGGGCACAACGCCCAUACAGCUCACCGACCUUCCGACCUCAGACGCUCGGUUUCUACUUCAGUAGGACCGGUUGCCGAGGGUGAUGAGUCUGGAAACAACUCUCCUCCAGAGUUAACAUACAGCAACCAGGUGCAACAAAUGGCACAACAUCACAAGGAACUUUUGGAUCUGUCGCGCCACGGGACUCCUCUUUCUACAGUCGAGGACAGUCCCGCCAUGAACCCACUGGCGCUCCAAAACAAUGAUUUCAACCAAUUGUCGAAUGAAGAGCUGUCUGGUGAUGGGUCCAUUCAUGACUCCCCGCAAAGACACAAUAUGCAAGGAGCAAACGGUGCUGUAAGAAGAGCGAGGAGCGCAACUAUGAUGGAGCUUGGCCCUUACCCGCAAAAAUCCCACUCCUGCCCUAUUCCCACCUGUGGUCGUCUGUUCAAGCGUCUAGAACAUCUCAAGAGACAUGUGCGAACGCAUACUCAAGAGAGACCUUACAUCUGCCCCCAUUGCAACAAGGCAUUCUCCCGCUCAGACAACCUGGCACAACAUCGUCGAACACAUGAUCGCGGUGAAGGUUCAGAUGGCCCUUAUGGCAGUUACAGCGGAGAAGAGGAGGAAUACGAAGGGGAGGACAACCUCGCCCCUCUAGAAGAACCUUCGCCAAACUCCGAGAAUGGCUACCUUCCUACCACAAUGUCUCAGAGUUACCAUGGCCUACCAUCCAUGGCAAUGAACAUGCCGGGUUCCGGCAUGGCAACUCCAAGUCAGCUCAUCAAUGCUCAACAUUUGAUGCAAUAG